CAGACAGUGACGGUCACAUCGGCGCAGGAUCUUUUGCUGACUAAAGCUGCUGAAAGACAAGAAAUGAGAAAACAACAACUGAAAAACUAUUGCUUAGAACAUAAUGAUCAAAAGUUACCCUGGGAUAAAAAACGAGAACUCCAGCAAUUUCUCAUCGACGAUGACAAUAAAUUUAUUUACUGUGCCGUUCCUAAGGUGGGAACCACACCCAUGAGGAUGACGCUACUGCGUUUGAGGAACGACAGCAGAUUAAAACUUACGGGAGGUUCAGUUCAUUCUCCUAAGUUUUGGAGACGUUUAAGUGAUAAAGAAUUCAACGCAACGGAGUUAUCCAAGCGGCAAAAUACACAUUUCAAGUUUCUGUUUGUUCGCGAGCCGUUUCACCGACUUUUAUCUGGCUACAAAGAUAAAUUCAUGGGGAGAAACAGACGUUACACCAAUCGAUUUCGUAAACUGAUAGUGAAAGCUUUGAGGCCAAAGGACGAGGAGAAGGUUGCAACAGAGACGAAUAACGUUACAUUCACCGAGUUUCUUACGUAUCUCUUAUCUGAUAGAAACCCGAAGAUUCGCGAUGGUCACUGGAAGCAAGCACAAAAACUUUGCUUUCCUUGCGCUUUUGACUUCGACUUUAUUGGCCAUUUUGAGACGCUUCAAGAGGACGCCGAUUAUUUGCUGAUCAAAACAGGUUUUAAUGGCCGUGUUAAAUUCCCAGUUGUACGCACGUCACAGGUUUCUAGUGAUUUUUUGGAGUAUUACUCAGAAGUUCCAAAGGAAAUUAUAUUCAAGCUUGGAGAAGCUUUCAGAAGUGACUUUGAAAUGUUCGGUUAUGCAUUCCCUGGAACUCUAAAAAGUUUACUCAAAAACUAUUUUAGAAAUAGUACCCAAGGUUAA